GCGCUGCUGGAGCUUUAUGGUAGAAGAAGAGCUGCAGUAAACAGUGUGACUGGAUGCGGUGAUAUUGUUUAAAGAACAGCUGAUUAACUUCCUCCUCGUGAUGCCACAGAGAAACACAGCUCCCAACAGACCAAAGCUAGAUUGGAAGUUUGUGCAGAGAUUUUACAGCAUUCUGAAGAUUCUGUUUCCAGGAUGGCUCAAUCAAAAUGUGCUGAUGUUUGGGACGCUGCUUGGAGUCGCUCUUUUAGUUCAGCUGGUGAUUUAUCAGGUGGGAUUAAUUCCGAGUCAGUUCUACGGGGUUCUGUCUCAGAAGAACUACAGCAGGUUUCGGGAGCUCGUGUCUUUCGCCGUCCUGCUCAUCCUUAUUAACUCUGUUGUGAAGAGUGUAGAACAGUAUAUAUGCAGUCUGCUGUACGUGAGCUGGAGGAAAUCUCUAACAGAGGAACUGCACAGAGAUUACUUCUGGGGCCGAGUAUACUAUACUCUCAGUGUACUCCGGAAAGACAUCGAUAACCCUGAUCAGCGGAUCAGUCAGGAUGUAGAGAGGCUCUGUAAGCAGUUGAGCACUAUGGCGAGUCGGUUUGUCAUUUCCCCCUUCACUGUGUCCUAUUACACCUACCAGUGUUUCAACAGUACUGGAUAUAUAGGAGUUCUCUGUAUCUUUGGCUACUUUUUGGUCGGGACGUUCGCCAACAAGAUACUAAUGGGACCCAUCGUUUCCACUUUGGUAGAACAAGAAAAGCUGGAGGGAGACUUCAGGUUUAAACACAUGCAGAUCAGAGUAAAUGCAGAAUCAGCAGCGUUUUACAGAGCAGGUAAAGUGGAGCACAUGAGGACAGAUCAGAGACUCCAGAGUCUCCUACAAACACAGAAGCGUCUGAUGAAAACUGAGCUCUGGCUCUACAUUGGCGUGAACACAUUUGACUAUCUGGGAAGCAUCCUCAGCUACAUCGUAAUCGCCAUCCCCAUCUUUUCGGGCGUAUAUGACGGGAUGACUCCUGGUGAGCUCAGCGCUCUGGUCAGCAGGAAUGCCUUUGUGUGCAUCUACCUGAUUAACUGUUUCACUCAGCUCAUAGACCUCUCCACUACAGUCUCAGAUGUAGCAGGAUACACCCAUAGGAUUGGUGAGUUAAGGGAAGUGAUGCGCAGUGUUGGCAGGAAACAGUGUGAGUGCAACCCAGUCUUAAAGGAGACGGGUGACUUUGACAGUGAUGGUGAAUUCUCGAGCUCCUGCUCUGAGACUGCGUUUGUUCUGGAUAAGCUCUCCUAUAAAAGUCCCGUCUCUGAGGAGCUGCUGGUUAAAGACCUGAGUCUCAGGAUCUGUCAGGGUUCUCACCUGCUGCUGGUUGGGAACACGGGAACCGGCAAAACCUCACUGCUGAGGGUCCUCAACUGUUUAUGGGAACCUUCUAAUGGUUGUGUUGAGAUGACUACAUUUUUUGGGCCGAGGGGAAUCCUCUUCUUACCCCAGAAACCCUACCUUACUGAUGGUACCCUGCGAGAACAGGUAAUCUACCCUCUGAAGGACAUUUAUCCAGCAGCAGGUUCUGUUGAUGAUGAGAGGAUUAAGCAGUAUCUGGAGCUGGCUGGGGUGUCCAGUCUGUUAAAGAGAACUGGAGGACUGGAUGAGAAAGUGGAGUGGAACUGGUAUGAUGUUUUAUCACCAGGAGAAAUGCAAAGACUCUGCUUUGCUAGACUUUUUUACCUACAGCCAAAAUAUGCAGCAACACAAAGCCCAAAUCUUACCUUCUACAACCCCAAAAAAUCUCGACAUUCGUCAAAAAAGCUCAACAACCACAGACUGAAUAAAACAAGAGUAAAUAUUAGCAGUGAACUCGAAAGAUGGAGAUGACUUCGAGCCCAGAAGGACUACAAGACACUAAGGCUGCUAAAUACUUUUCUCCUGAACAGGUAGAUAGGCUACUUUAGCCAGACCAUUUAUGUUAAACAUUACUUUUGUCUAUUCCUAGCAGCUAGCUAUCAUUAGCUAUUUAUCUGUUUAUAUACAGUCUUCAUUGGCUUCACGCAUGCACAUGAACUGAGGAAUCCCAGAAUACUCCGGUUAAGGGUUUACAUGCACUAAGAUUAUCUUAGAAGUCAGAGUACACUGUUUACACUACCAUUUAGAUUAAUUAGAAUAAUCAAACUGCUGUAAUUAUAUUCAAAAUAUUUUAAAUUAUAUUGAAAUUAUAUUUAAAUUAUGAAAAAGACAUAAACUCACUCAUUGUCAUACCGAAUAAUUACAAUUUUACACAUUUCUAUCAGAAACACCCUUGCACUUUCCCACUGUACUUGGGGGGUUUCGCUGCUCUUAUUCUGUAAAUAGACCAAUUUCUCUAAAUAGUCUUCUCUGUUUCUCGAGUCAGAUGCCAUAGUGGGUUCAGUGAGGUUGCAGGCCAAAAGAAAUUGUAUAAAUUUAGACUUGGGUAAUACCAGAUGUGCCAAAAUAGCGAACUGCUUCAUCAGGUACAGUACCCAGCAGCACCAAGAGACACAGCCGUGUCAUAGUGACCGGAAAACUGGGUAGGGUAUUUUUUUUGUUUUUUUGCUAUUAUGCUACAUAUAAAACAAGCACUGUGCUGCAGUCUAUAAAAAUCUGAAAAAUAUAUAUUAUUAGUAUAAUAACUAUUUAGUUAUUUAUUUAUAGGUAUUAAUCCAAAAGCUGUUUUUUCUCUUAUUGUGCUGCUAUGCUAAUCUGAGCCAGUGCUGGAUGAAGCCACCAGUGCCCUGACAGAAGAAGCAGAAGGACAGAUGUACAGGACCUGUAAACAGCUGGGUAUGACCCUGAUGAGCUCAGGUCAUCGCAGCACUUUA